UUUGAGCUGCCGGGUCCCGACGACAACCUCCAUUUCCGCGCCUACGACGACUCGCCAAUUGAGCGCACAAUGGCUGCAAGAGUGCUGCUGCAACGGCGCUCCCUGGCGCCGUUGGCGACCCUCGCCCUCGGUGGAAUGGCUCUUGUGCCCGCCACAGUCCUCGCGGAGGCUCCCGCCGACAAGAGGAGACCCAUCUACGAUGACGUCGACGUCCCUCCCGCCGAGCCCGCACCCGCGACGCCCUCAAAGUCCCUGCUUCCCUCGCUGCAACUUGCCGCUCCUGCCGACGACAGCGGGCCGUCGGCCCCCAAGCACCGCGGCCCGUCGCCCACAGACCGCCUCGCCGUCCAAGUCGGGCGUGCCCGUCUCUUCCUGUACAAGUGCGCCGUUGCCACCGAGGACAAGAUCAACGAGACGAUGGACUCGGCCUUCCACCUGGAGCAGUCCUUCACAAGCUCCAUCGCCGCGCUGGCCCCGCCCCGCGAGAGCGGCGAGAAGCUCAUGCCCGGCGCCAUCUACGUGCUCGUCGCCGCCAUGGCCGGUAGCAUCAUCACGCGCAAUCGCAACAUCCUGCUGCGCGCCACCAUGCCCCUAGCCCUCGGCAUCGGCGCUGGGUGGACCGUCCUGCCCGUCACCAUGAGAAACAUGUCCGACUUGGCCUGGAAGUACGAGCAGCGCUUCCCUGCCGUCGCCGAGUCGCACAUUAAGUUGCGUGACGGCAUUCAAAAGGGCGUCAGCUUCGCCAAGGUUCACAAGGAGGUGGGUAUACGAUACGUCGACGAGAAGGUAACCGACGCCCGAGAGGCCGUCGAGGGCUGGGUCAAGCAGGGCAAAUAGAGUGCUGGCCAAAAGGGUCCAAAAAAAAGCGUUUGUACAACUACAUAGACGUCGUGGAACAAUAUUUUCUUGUGUUAUGGUGCAGAGCAGUACGCCUGCCAGACCAGGUAUCCGAUGGCCGAUCUAACUUACGCCUUGAUAUAUAUCCGCGAUGCCCUUCUGCAUCAAUGCCAACCUGAAGCGCAACGCUCG